AUGAUAUUCCACAAGCGAGAGUCGUCACAGGCCUCUUCACUGGCUGGGCCGCCUGGCCCCGGAGGUCGUGGCCAGCUGCCUAUGCUCCAGAUGCCAGACAGGAUGCGCUUCAACGUUCUCUGUAUGGUGGGAGAGUUUAUAGGCACAUUCCUGUUCCUCUUCUUCUCGUUCGCCGGAACUCAGGUCUCCAAUACACCUGCGCCGGAGCCGGGAUCGUACCCGAAUACUUCCAAUCUCUUGUACUCGUCUCUGUGUUUCGGUUUCGGUUUGACUGUCAAUGUCUGGGCUUUCUUCCGAGUCACUGGUGGUCUUUUUAAUCCUGCUGUCACACUUGCACUAUGUUUGACCGGUGGCAUGCCCGCACUGCGUGGCCUGAUGGUUUUCCCGGCCCAGCUGCUUGCCGGCAUUGCUUCUGCUGGUGUUGUCAGCGCACUGUUCCCGGGUCCUUUGAACGUCGGCACUCGACUUGGCGGUGGUGCCUCCAUCUCGCAGGGUCUCUUUAUCGAAAUGUUCCUCACUGCUCAGCUCGUGCUCGUCAUCAUCAUGCUGGCUGUCGUCAAGCACAAGUCGACCUACCUUGCACCCGUCGGUAUCGGUCUCACUUUCUUCGUCUGCGAGUUGGUUGGUGAUUACUACACUGGUGGUUCCCUAAACCCUGCCCGGUCCUUGGGUCCCGAUGUUAUCAACCGCAGCUUCCCCGGAUACCAUUGGAUCUACUGGGUCGGUCCUCUGCUCGGAUCACUGCUGGCUUCUGGCUUCUACCACGCGCUUUGCUAUGUCCGCUGGGAGAACAUCAACCCUGGUCAGGACUAUAAUGAGUGGGAGACCAAGGCUCGGAAGGACUCUAUGGUUGCUUCAGAGCGCACAAUGACCGAUGGUAUUCACAAUGGUGUUGGCAAUGGCACCGCUAAUGGUAACUACACUAGCAACGGUGAUGCCACCAGUGGCUUCUUGCGUCCGCCCACUUCCGAGACUGCUCCCGAGCAGCAGGUUUAA